AUGAAAUGUUUAAGAAUAAAUCGCAGUGUAUUAAGUCUUAUUCCGCUUAUAAAUAAUGUAUAUUGUUUAUCAUGUUUCUGGAAUAAUUAUUGUCCAUAUAGGUACUUUUCAACUAAAACUCCUUAUAGUAACGAUAGGGGUGAUAUAAGAGACGUUGCGAGAUUAAAAGGCUGCGAAGCAAUCAGUAUUUGGGGAUUGAUAAGACAUGGACAGCUAAACCCGAAUAAGAAAUAUUCUGAUUAUAUUGAGAAUGUUAUGUCUCUUAGAAAUGAAAUACUGUUAAGCCACGAAAAGGGCAAAGGCUCACUUUGUGUUCAAGAUCUUGAAAACUUACGAAAUUGGAAAGUAAAUAGUACUACGAUUACCGACAAAUAUGGUAGUACGUCAAAUAAUGGAAUGUCCCCAAUGGCCGCAAUAGCACACAGAUAUAAGGAGGCUUACAAAGACUUACCCUGGAGUCUGGAAUCUACAUACAUUUUUAAAUCUAAUUCAUUGCCAUAUGUACUUGAAAGUAUUGAUGAAUUUGUUGAUGGCCUAAAACAGCCCGGUCUUCAUAUUAAUUACUCAACACUAAUUAAUGUGACGAUGUCCAAGCAUAGGAUCGAGAAACGUUUAGGUUUUACCUAUGAUUAUAUUACUUUCUUAUAUGAUGUCUGUCGAUGGUCAGCAGUGGAUAACAAAGCUGGUCCAUGGUGCGCAUUGUUUGAUGAAGAAGAUUUAAAAAUCCAAGAGUAUCGUGAAGAUUUACGCUUAUAUUAUAACCAGGGAUAUGGAAAUUCAUGGAAUGAAGAAUUUGGACAGGUUACUCUUGCAGAUCUACUGAAAACUUUUAGAUUGGAGAAAGAGAGACCUGAUAAUAAAAUAACACUACAAUUCUGUCGUGGUCCUGACCUUAGUAUGGCUUAUAGCGGUCUUGGCCUAUUUAAAGAUGAUACAAUUCUUACUGCAAAUUUUAGAGAUGAUAAUAGAAAGUGGAGAACUAGUGAGCAUGCCCCUUUUAAUGGUAAUUUAGUUGCUGUUCUGCACAGAUGUGAAAAAACAGCUGACAACUAUGUUGUGGCGUUUUAUAUGAAUGAGAGCCCGCUGAAGGCAAUCUGUAACCAUGGAGUUUGCAAUUGGAAAGAAUUCGAGGAAAUGUUCCGGCCCUUCGAAAACAAAACAUUUGAAAAUAGCAGUUCCUGUUUUAUUAAAGAUUAUUCACUAUGA